UCGAUUGCGCCGAAUAUAUUUAAAGUUUAACAUCCUUUCUUCUAUGUAAGGUAUUGGUUUUUUCUGGAAGAAACUACAUCUACUAGACUUAUAAUAAAUUAGUUUUGCUGGAGCUUUAGGCUUCGGAAGCACGACAUCACGCGGUAUUUUACUCAAAAAAGAGAGGUAGGAGAAACCAAUCUUUUCACCCAGAAUAGAAAAGGAAAAAGGAAAAUCUAUCGAGUGAAUGCAUUUUACGAGUCAGGUUAACACGCCACGAGAUGACGGGGAUAAAAAUACUACCAACAAAACAGUAGGGUCCUUUUAACUUCAGCUCUUGAGGAAAAUUCUGGUUCAGACAUUAAAAUUGUUUACCUUGCCUUCAGGUGAUAUUAUUGAUAUAAGACUAUUGCAUUAAGUGGAAUUCAUGAAAUUAACAUGUUGUGUUAAUUGUUCGGAAACCGUUUUAUCUUAGUUUCAGUAAGGAAGCCAGGACCUCCCUUAAAUUAAUAGGAAGUCGUAAAAUAAGUUCAUAUAAGAAAGUCAAAGCCUCCAUCGUCAUAAUUAUUACCUGAACAACAAUUGUACCCUUCUCUAGGCGAAGACUGAACCCUAAAGUUGAUUGAGGACGCUGUGCAACAGCCUGGAUUUGCGAAUACAGGGUUUCACAUUGUGGAAAACAUCCAGUACUGAGGGUGGGUGGUACCUGGAACAACUCGACCAAAUUGGAAAGCAAUCUAAGGGGCCAUUCGAAUAUUCUUUUCCAUAAGUUAUGAUUAAUUAUUAUAAUUAUCAUGAGAUUGGUUACGUAACAAGUUGAUCACAAAAUUCAAGACAUCCCUUUUUUUCCUAGGUUGUCAACUGAAAGCCAUGAAUAAUACAAGUCAUUCUAACACCACUCUUGGCGAAGAAGAAUUCGAUGAUGGGCACGGCGAAAACUUGAAAGAGGUCGAUAGAAUAAUUAUGAUCGGUGCAUACGCCUUUAUUUGUCUGUUUUCGCUGGUGGGAAACUCGCUUAUCAUACAUCUCGUGCGCACCCGCAACAACAUUCGAAAGAACGCAUUUAACUGGCUUCUCUUCAACACGGCUGUUGCUGAUCUCCUGGAUGUGACAACUUCCACUGCCUUCACGUUGCCAGUUUUCUUCUGUGGAGACUGCUGGAUAUCAGGGGUUGUAGGGUCCAUCCUAUGCAAACUCACUCCUUUCCUGUCUGUCGUCUCCAUCUGUGUGUCCAUCUGGACUCUCACUGUCAUUGCCGCUGACCGGUAUUUGGCUAUCGUAUGUAUCCGAAGAAGGCCGUUAUCACCUCGAUCGGUGGUGCGCUCUAUAGUCAUCGUGUGGUUGCUUGCAAGCUUGAUAUUUAGUGGGGAACUUCCCAAACAUAAAUUGAUAGAGGAAGAAGGUGAAUCUGCCGAGUGUACCACUGAAUGGCACGAAAACAAAGAGCUCGCACAAAUUUUCGAGGAAGCAGAUAUGAUCGGUAAAGUCGUCCUCACUUAUGCAAUACCACUUUUUAUAAUGGCGGUCUUGUACUCGUCAAUUGCAUACUUCCUGUGGAAACAAAGACCACCUGGAACUGUCAAUCAAGAAGCGUAUACCAGGCAAAAGAAGAAGCGCAAUGCAAUCAUUAAGAUGUUGCUUAUGGCAGUUGCCGUGUUCGCCAUUUGCUGGCUUCCUGCACAUGUCGCCCACAUAAUGACAAUCUUUUAUGGCGACAUUUACGAUAAUAUUCCCAUAGUUGUCCAUGGGCUGUUUUUCUGGUUUGCGCAUGCCAAUGCAGCAAUUCAUCCCUGGCUAUUCAUUGCCUUUAGCGAAAAUCUGCGGAGUGAAGUGAAAGGAAUCUUUUACUAUUUAAGAAAAAGAGGCCCUUUUAAGAAAACUCAGUCAAGAACCUCGUCACAGCCAAGUUUGAUUACAAAUGUUGAGUUGGCGGGUUCCCGAGAAAUCGCUCAAUCUCGAUCUCCCGUCAACAUCAGUACAAUCAGUUUGGAUACCAGAUUGUGAGAGGGAAAGCUGUUAAAUGUACUUUUCAAGAUAAUUUAGAAAGUCCUCAACUGCUUCUCAUUACAUCAGAAUGAUGAGGACUAUGAAGACGUUUUCAUUGAAUUGUAGUUCACUAUAGGAUUACUUAUUAUUAUUAUUAUUACUUAUUACUUAUUACUGAAUACGAAUAUUGAAUAUUAAAGAAUAAGACUAACAGCACC